UUCUGCUGCUGCGGUAUGUCGCAAACUCCUGUUUCGGGCACUUCUUCGACUAUGUCUACUGACCGUGUUGAAGACCGGGAAGUAGAUGUGUUCGAGAAGUUAAUGCGUUCAUCGCUGAAAGAUGUACGUAUUGACAGAGAAGGCGACAUUCAUGGAUUUUGUGAGACAGAAGAGGAUGUUGUCCAUCUUCUGAGCAGCUUGCGCGUCCAUGGCUACGCAUACUCAGUUAGAAGAAGUGCGUAUUAUCGCCAGCCCCCGGCAGGUGCUGCUAAACAUGAGACAGGCUUCUUCUACAGCCACACAAAAGGCAACAUACCAAUACAGUUUUUUGGCCCUGUCUUUUGUGUGGAAAGCUUAGUGAAAAGAGAAUGUACUCUUGGCCCGUUGUAUCAUAAAAAGGAGACUUCUGUUGCAGAUCAUCUGGUAAGUAAAAUAAAGAUCUAA